AUGAUGGACACAGAAGAAGAAGAGGAGCUGGUAAAUGAGAAACAAGAAGUUGCAGAAGAGCACAGGGAUAAGAAAGAUGAAGAACAGAAGGCAGUAAUUUGUAUGCAGGAGGGGGAAGGUGAAGAGGAAGACAAAAGUGACAUGGACUAUGAGAAUGGUGAACGUGAAACACUAGAGGAAGUAGAAUGCAGUGGGGCAGAGGAGGAGGAGGUGGAGGAGCAGGGGAGGCAUGGGGAAGAUGAUUGUGAGAAGCGAAUGGAGUUGCACAAGAAGGAAGAAAGUGAAGAGCAAGAUGAAAAAGGAACACAAAGCAGUGCUGAGGAAGAGGAAGCUGGAACAGAUUGCAGCUCAGUUCCAGCAGACAGAACUGCUGAGGAGGAGGAGGAAUCUAGCUGCAAAAAUCUGCCACUGGGUAACAGUACUGCACGCUGA